GCCACCAAAACCAGCCUCCAUCCAAAACAAACGUCAGUUCCAGUGAUUCGUGAUGAUUAACUGGGAAAUUCGGUAGAAUUAUGGAUGGCGGAGACGGAGACAAGGCACAAGAAACAUGGGAGACUAAGACUACGCAACAGACAAAAAACAAGCUUGAUGGAGAAGACAGGAAGGAAAGUCCAAAAAGAAGAAAACUUUCUAAUGAAGAGUUUCUAGAUAGUGAAGGAAAGAUGGAUGGAAAAGGUGGAGAUGGGGGGAGUUCCCAGACCCCAGGGGACCAGGCUUUUAUUAUCCAGCUGCAGGAGGAAGUUCAGACAAAAGAUCUUGCAAUUCAAGCACUUCAGUUUGAAAACCAGAAGCUUAAGCAACAACAGCAGGCUUCACCACAAAAUGUAUCUCCGGUUGAGAAGAAGGUCCUGGAUCAGUACAAAUUGAAGAUAAUGGAAUACCAGUCAGCCCUCAAUCAGCGUGACCAGGUGAUAGGCACGCUACAAACAAGGCUGGCAGAAUUAGUGCAACAGCGAGACGAGGCCUUGACAGAUGCAGCGCAACAGACUGAGAAUUUUGGAAGGGAGGUGGAGACACUAAAGUUGCAGCUGCAAGAAGCAACCGAUGCCUUGUCCAAGAAGUGGGUGACCGGAGUAAAUCCUCGGGAACAUCUGGUGCUAAAGAAUAAGUUAAUAGCCGUCCAACAGACUAUAGAUCAGGAUCGCCAGUUUUUAGAGGAAGUGACUAGGCAGCUGACGGAGAAAGCAGACCGAUGCAAUUUAGUCGAACACAAAUACAAGCAGUGUUUACAAAAAUACAAGCAAUUGCAGAUGGAAAAUGAAGACUUGAAAAGUAAGAACAAGAUUGGUGAAGGAAAUCUAUCACAUUUAGAAGAGGAAAAGAAGAAAGCGGAAGAAAAACUUGCCGAGGCAAACGAGAGAAUUGCAACACUCUCUAAGGAACAAAAACAAACAGUUUCAGAAAUUCAAAAUCUUAUGGGGAAGCUACAGGAUGUAACAGUUGAAUUCCAGGCAGCUAAGGAAGAGCAGGAGAGACAGUUGGCUGCUGCUGACGAACGCCUUGGUGGAGAAAUAACACUGAUAAAGCAGAAGAUCAGCGAGCAACAUUCAGAGGAGAUUUCAAAGCUCAAAGAAGCACAUGAAACAGAACUGGCAGCAGUAAAUGAACAGAUCAAUGCUUUGGAAAAGAUGCAACAAGAAGACCAUGCAAAACUUGUGGAGAAUUUAGAAGCUGAGAGGAAUAAAGUCCAGAUACUAGAGUCUACUUUGCGAGACAUGACAAAGAAAAAUGAAGAUAAGCAGAGUGAAUUAGAGCAGGAACAAGAGAAGAGACAAGAAGUGGAAGAGCAGCUGAAAGUAGAAUUAGAGAAAGGCAAGGAUCUUUUAGCUAAGAAUGAUAUGCUAAAUAAAGAGUUGGAGAAAAAGGAUGAGGUACUGGCGGAGAUUGAAAGUUUCAAGGGCAAGUUGAAUGUGCAGCUUCUGGACGUGCAGAAAGAGUACGAUGUUGUCAAGAAGAACUUUGAGGAACACCAGGGACAGCACAAGAACCUGAAGCUGAAAUACGAGGAACUUGUGUUGGAAAAGGAGAAUUGGAUUCAGCAAAAAGCUUCGUUUAAUGCAGAGCUGCAGCAAUUUGAGAGGCUGAAUGUAGAAGUUGGCAAGCUUGAAAAUGAAGUAAAAAUGAAAGUGGAAAUGGAAAAGGAGUUGCUUGUUUGUAAAAAUGCUCAAGUUGAUCUCCAAAAAAGAUGCUCAAUGCUGGAGUCUUACGAAAAGAUGAAUGCAGACCUCCAGGGUGAAAUUGAGAAAAAGGACCUAGAGUUGUUAAGAAAGAUAAAAAUGAAAGUGGAAAUGGAAAAGGAGUUGCUUGUUUGUAAAAAUGCUCAAGUUGAUCUCCAAAAAAGAUGCUCAAUGCUGGAGUCUUACGAAAAGAUGAAUGCAGACCUCCAGGGUGAAAUUGAGAAAAAGGACCUAGAGUUGUUAAGGUUGAAACAAGAGUGUGAUCAAAUGAGUGCCAUUUCUAAAGAACUUGCUCAGAGCAAAGCUGAAAAGGAAGAAUUAAAUACUCAGAUUCAGGACAUUCAGCAAAAGUACACUUCAGCAGCAGAGAAGUUGAGUGAGCUUGAAGGAGAGCACAAGAACCUGCAGUCAAAAUGUAAGGAACUUCAGGAAGAGAAAGAGCACUGGCUCAAAGAAAAGGAAUCAUUGAAUAAAGAAAUUGAAUAUAUUGAAAAACUUAAUGCUGAAGUGAAUAAGCUUCAAGAAGAGCUAAAAAUCAAAUUAGAAUUGGAAAAAGAAGUAACCACUCUCAGAGACACUCAUAAGGCUCUGCAGAAGAGGGUGGCUGAUUUAGAGCUUUGUGAAGAGAGAAAUCUGGGGCUCCAAGCUGAUCUUGAGAAGAAGGAACUUGAGCUUCAGGAGAUGAAGGACAAAUACUUACAAAUGCAGGAGGAGUACGAGUUAUUUGAGCAGAUUGACUGGUUGAGCAAUGAGGAACUGCUCGAGGAAAGGGGUGUGAAUUUAUCCAUCAAGAAGAAGGUAAAGGAACUGGUAAAUAAACUGAAAGAAACGGAUCAGAAUCUACAUUCCAUGGAAGUGGCCAUGAAGGAUGCCAGCCUGGAAAAGGAGGCUCUCCUGUCAGAAGUAGAGCAGUUGAGAAAAACUUGCGACAGUAUGGAAAGACACAAAAAUGAAACUGACGCAGAGUUCGAGAAGAUGAUGGACCAGUAUAAGAUGAUGGAGGCGGAACUAGUAGACACAAGACUGGUACUUGACAGGGAGGUGCAGCUGGCCACCCAUCAGAGGAUAACCAGUGACGUUGGGGCAAGCGUUUCAGCAUCCCUAGAGGACCGUGCAGCACAGACCACUUCAGUUACAAGUGGAACCUAUCCAAUGUCAGGGGAUAAUCACAGUGAGCAAGGAGAUACAGACACAGCAAUCAUCUCUCAAGAGGAACAGCCAUUUGGGUUGGAGGGCAAGAAGGAAGGUGCCUCGUGGAAAGAAAAGUACUUGAGUCUGGAAAAGAGCAAGAAGGAAUGUGAGAAUGAGAUUGAGAAGCUGAAGGUUAAGAGUCAUGAUCAGUACUUUGCCAUUCAGUCGCUGGAGAAUAUAAAGUCAAAGUUGAGCCGGAGAAUUGAAGAGAUGGAAACGGAGAAGAAAGCGUGGAGGGAAAACCAAAGGGAGUUCCAGGAGUUGCAAGUGGAAAAGAUGCAAUAUCAAGUCAUAAUAAAAGAAAUGGAGUAUGUGAUUGCAGGAGCAGAAGACAAACUAAAACAGGCUGAGGAAAAUAUGAAUCAGCUUCGAAUGAAUGUACAAAAUCUAGUCAAAUUGCAUAGUGCAGAAAAUCCAGAGUUCAGCCAAAAAGUCGAGAAUUGCUUAGGGUUAAUGACUACAAAAUUACCAACGAAAUCUGUGAAGGAGUGUGUCAAAUUUGAAUAUGAGGUUAAGAUUCAGGAGCUUCACAUCAUACAGGAAGACUACAGGAAGUGCUUGUCAAAUCUACAAGAUGUGUUGCAUCAUGCAGAUACACUGCAUAAAGAAAAACUAGACAGCCACCUAGAAAAUGCUUUCCUAAAAAGUGAAAUCCAGAAGUUGAAAAUGUCCCCAGAAAUGAAGGAGAAGGAAGAGGAACACAAGCUGAGAGCAUUGCCUGAAUGUGGCGACUCAGAAACUGCAGAUUUAAUCCUGAAGCAAGAAAAUGAGCGGCUGAAGAUAGCACUGAACCAGCAACAAGUACGCUGUAGAUUAGAGAAACUUCAAUAUCGGUCACCUAGGCUUCAGUCACAGGAAGAACAAGGUUCAGCAAGAAAAGAGAGAAAACUCUUUAAAACACAUCUUAGUAAUCAUUUCAAGCAGAUUCUGCAGGACUGGGAGGACAAGGCUAAAUGCGACCCAUCCUUGGCUAAUUUCAUCUCUACAGAAUCAUACAGAGUUCACAAUAUUUUAAAGAGUUUAGAUCAAGUUGGGGAUGACUCUCCAACCAGCCAUGUGUACAUGGAAACUGCCAUUCAGUUCAUAAGAGAUGCAGUAGUCAAGACUGUGCAUCAUGAGUACCUGCAUGUAGUGAAUAAGGUGGUCAAUAAAAUUGACAAGAAUACCAAUGAGUUGUUAGAAAGAAUCUUCCCUGGUGAUAUAGCAUUGAUACUGGAUGGUGGGCCUCAGCAAAGUGGCACAGAUAAUGGAGGAAACACCAGCCAUCAACAGGACAGCUUGGAAAGCCUAGAGGAAAAGGUGGAACGCCUUGUCAAUGCGAGAACUACACUGGUUGAAACGACAAAUGACUUUGAAGUAAAGCUGAAGGAAUCCUUGACUUUGGAGCUAUCGUCAGUUGGCCAUGAAUUAGAGAAAGUGGUGAAGAGUGCUGCCACAGAGGAAAUAGGAGAGACCAAGCAGGCGUCAUCCACAGCUGAACCAAGAGGAGUAGAUGACCAGUUUGUGGAAGAAUUCAUGGAAAUUACAAAGCGCCAGUUCGAGGGAGACCAAGCAGAAAAGCUCCAGCUUUUGGAGAACCAGAAGAUGAUGAUUCAUAAGAUUCUAGAAGAUGACAAGGCAAAGUUGCAUAAUAUUUGCAGUACACACAUUAGCAACUUGAACAGUGUUGCUUCUGUACCAGAUGCUAUACAGCUAGUCAAUACCCUGGUGAAUUCCUUAGAAAAAACACUAUCGGAGGAGGUGUCAUGGGUCGAGCAGCAGUACAAAGAGCUCCUGGAGCAAUACGCUUAUGAGCAGAAACUCGUCAGACAGACUUACUUCCAAACCCUGACAGAACUGAAGCUCAGGCUGGAUACUUUGCUGGUUGAGUGUAGGAGACAGAAGGAGGCUGGACUCUCUGACGAGUCAUCCCUUGGUGCUGAAAUGGUGAAGAUGAAGGAAGAGCAUGCCGCAGAAGUAGCCCACCUUGAGAACCAACUGGCGGCGCGAGAUAACGAAGCCCUGAUGGCCUUAGAUGACGAGGUGGAUCAGCUUCGCGCUCAGAUUGACCGCGAUCUAAGCAUUAGGUCUGACAUCUCUCGCACAUUGUGUUCUGAGCUUGAGAACAUCAAGAUUCAGGUCACGCAGCUGGAAGAUGCACAUGUGAACCUCAACAAGAUUAUAGAACCAGGAAUUGAUGUAAACUCUCUCCCAUUCCAGCGGCAUCUACAAUCUCUAUACAGUGACAGGGAUUGGUACAAGAAAACUGUAGGUCUCCUCUCUCAUGUGACACUACAGUUGCUGCACUACUACAGUGUGGCUGAGACUUACAUGCGGAAAUCCCGUGGCGCUCCUUCUCACGAUUCUCUCCCGUACCAAGAGGUAAUGCCGGGCAAGGUCUUGGAUCUCUCCUUCCUGUCAGACUGCGUGCAGGAUGAAAGUGAGGCGAACCAGUAUACUACAUUCCCUGAGGAUAGUGCUGUGUCAACUGGCCUCAUAGGGAAGACCGUUGAAGCAGAUCAUGGUGAAGAGACAGAACUGGGGAGCAAUGCAGAAUCAAUGCUUGAUAGCACAGCGAUGAGCGAGGGGAUGCUGGAUGACAUGGACAAGGAUGAGCAAGUCCGCCAAAUCCUCACAAAGUCCUAUCCACAGCUUAUGUCCAUCCUGAAGGGGCGUUGGGACCGUGUCAUGGUGGAUCAUCUGGAUAAAGAGGUCCAGGAGCUGACCAUCUCUCUCCAGGCAUCAGCAGGGAUGCUAAAGAUCUUUUUUCUUUCAGUGACUGAGAGUCAAGACCUCUCUUCACAUACCAUCAGGGAUGAAAGUAACAUUGACAAUGCAAAGGAAAGCUCCCUUGAACUCUCACAGCACUAUAUAGAUGCAUUUCCUGAUCAUUCAGGGCAGCCUAGAUCAAGUGAUCAGCUGUAUGGAAACACAGAUGAAUCCUUAACAGAUACAGAAAGAGCAAAUCAGCUCUCAAAGUCACAACUAACUAGUCAUUUUAGUUCAAAGUAUCCUGAGGACUUCUCUCAGAGUCUGACUCAGUUACUGUGCCAUGAUGAUUCCUUCAUUAACUUGACCAAACUGAAACCCCAGGAUCUGUGCGAUGAAGAGAAACUGAAGCGGGCAAUUGUUCAACUUUGCCGAAAUGCAGAAGCUACAGAUAACCUUCAGCUGAAGCUCCAUCACCUUGAUGGUCUCUUGAAGGGCUGUGAACAAGAGAAAAAUGUGUUGGAAGAAGAAAUUGAGCAUCUCAAUCACUGCAACAAGAAUCUUGCAAUUGAACUCCAGACUGCAAAAGAUCAGCUGGAAGAGUUUGAAUUAGUCCAGCAAGGCAAAGGCGGAGCAGGUACAACCCAGUAUGCAGCCAGAAUGGAAGCUUCUAAAGAUAUUAAAGAAAGAGUCCGAGCACUCCUGUCUGCCAAGAACAAGUCCUUGAUGAACCACACGGAACUGAUAUCACGUAUUGGGGACCUUGAGGGGAUGCUUGAGGCCCUAGUGAGAGAGAGUGAUGCAGUCACCGAGACACUAAAGGCCCAAGUGUCUGAUCUGUCACAGCAGUUGGAAGUAGCCGACCGUCAGCUUCGGUCCUCCCGCCAAUUUUUGGAGGAACAUGCCAGUGAACGUGACCAGGAGGUGGAGGAUCUCAUCCAAGCCAAGGAAAAAUUGCAAGUUCAGCUGCGAGAAAGGGACGCUGUCAUCACCCAACACGCAAAUCUAGAAAAAGAGGUGGAGAAUUUAGAACGAGAUUUACGAGAAAAAUCACAGGAACUUCAGGAUGCUCUUGCCCUAAAAGAGGAAUUGCUAGCUGAGAACAAGACUGCCGUGGAUAAGAUUUGGGACCUUCGAGAUAUCAUACAGUCCCUGGAAUCCCAGCUGGAUGCCAAAUGCGUGCAAGAGCUUGAGGUAAACACCCAGGUUGAGUCCCUAAAAUCAACCCUAGCGCAGGCCCAGCGUCACUCCUUGGAUCUCACUCAGCAGGUAGAGACGGAUCGAGCCGUUGCAUCUUUGUGUUUGUUUUGUCAUUGGUCUGUAAGAAAGACUAGAGUUUACAUUCACUUGAAUAUUGCGAUGAUUUGUGAAUCAAGAUUAAAUGAAUUAGUAGAUGCUGAUGAGCAUACAGAACUUCAGGAUGCUCUUGCCCUAAAAGAGGAAUUGCUAGCUGAGAACAAGACUGCCGUGGAUAAGAUUUGGGACCUUCGAGAUAUCAUACAGUCCCUGGAAUCCCAGCUGGAUGCCAAAUGCGUGCAAGAGCUUGAGGUAAACACCCAGGUUGAGUCCCUAAAAUCAACCCUAGCGCAGGCCCAGCGUCACUCCUUGGAUCUCACUCAGCAGCUGGAAGAGGUGCAGUGUGCAAGAGGUGAGGAUAGUACUGGUUAUGGAGAGCAUGUGUCCACACGCCUCUCUCGCAUCGGCGCCCCAGAGGAAGAGGAGAAUGAGGCCCAGCAUGCGAGCUCCUCCCUGUUCCAAGAGCUGACUCUUGAGGGCGGGCUGGCCACUCAGAAUGCCGAAGGACAGACUUUGAGAUCACCUGGACAUCCCAUCUUUACGCGAGCUGGAAAGCAGCCGAGCCUUGUCUCCAUCCACUCUGGACAGGCGCCUGGAGGAUAA